AUGUCAAAUUAAGAUGAAGAUGAAGACUUCGUUCAGAAUGUCAGCGGGGAAGAGUUUGAUGAAUUUGAGCGAAAACUGGAGCAAUCCUACUAAAAACGAGCUGAAAUGACUGGCAACUCAAGGCCAGAAUCCAGUAACCGUAUGCUCUCAGGCAAAGCCAGGCCAUCUGACUUGAAGCCAUUGAAGAAUGCUGAUUUCGCAGCAGGUCCAAGCACAAAUGCCAUUAUCGAAGAAGAGGAUAAACAUGAUGGAGAAAAUUCAAACAGUCAACAAAGAUACUAGGACAACUUACAGAGCAUAGGAGCUUAGAAUGAAGAUAGUAUAUACAAUAGAUUUUCAAGGCAUGUGAUUGAAAAGAAGAUAGAGAGAGAUGACUUCUGCAGACCAAUCCAUAUAUUCAUAACUUAAGAAGAGAUGGAGGAGUGUUUCUAGACUAUCGGCUUUAGAGUCACCAAGGAUGAGAUAUUUCUGAUAUUUAAAGACCAUAACGCUCAUAAGACUGGCUACUUACCUAUGGAAGACUUCUAUAAAAAGCUUAGAUGCUGGAGGGAUUAUAAAGAUAGAAGGGAGGAAUAGAUGAUUGCUCUUAGAGAUCAGGCUAAUAACUUAGUCGACAAAACUAGAGGAGAAGAUGCAGUAAAUGGUGGAGUUGGGAACAUAAGAGGGAAUAGCGUGGGAGCAAAAAAGAGACCUACAACUGCAGUAGUAGCUGGAGCUAAGAACUUAAGAGCAUUGUAGACCUAAGGCUCAAAACAAAGACUUGACUCUGCUAAUAAGUUCUCCACUUCUAAUCUCAAGAGUAACAUAACUAACAAUUAACUUGGAAACACCUAAGAUAUUGGCAAAAUGAACUAUGAAGAUAAGACGAAGUAUUAUCUAAAGCUUGCAAAGCAGAAAAAAGAAGAGGAGGAAAGAGCUUUAGCCUUGACAAUUGACAAAGGAAAAAGAGAGACGGAAUUCGAUUGCCUACACAAAAUGGGUGAGGCUUGUGAAAUAGCAAAAAUGCUUAAUGUGCCUGUCAGUUUUAGUGCUUUUAAGGGCCCAGAUGGAUCUCUCAAGAUACACUUCUUUUAGUUCAUUGAAGAUCAUACCAGGUAAAUAAGCGGAGAAGACGAUGAAGACCACAAAGAAGUAGCUAUGCGUGAAAUCAAAAGAGAGAUCACAAUGAAGGAGUUCUAUAGAGAGUAUCGAAAGCUAAAGCGUAUGCAGACAUCUGUCAAGAAUAACUAUACCUAGGCUCACUAAGGUGGUGGUCAGCCUGGCAAGCCCCCAAAUAUUUCACAGAAUACUAUUGUCUCAUCCUACAGUCUUAAUAGGAUAAACAAGAAGGAGAGACAAGAAGAGUUGAAGCAGGUACUUCAGGAAACUAUGAAGUUAACUAAAAAGCUCAAGGAGCAGCUCAAGAUCUUAGAAAGAAACGGAGUCUGUGGUACAUAGCCUAAUAAAGGAACAAACAAUAUGAUGGGUAAAAGCUAGUCACCUUCAAUAAUAUGA